GUGGCCUGUACAAAUUGGAAGCGGGUACUAAUGAUCCUCACUGGCAAUUGGCAUAAUGGCACUGAUCCAUUUAAAAUACCUGGCUCUUUGGCGCACUCAGUGGGAAUGUUUCAGAAGUUCCAUUCACUCAGCGAUGAGGAACGUGCUCAAGUGCUCUCCGAAUAUACUCGGUUUAUAUUGGUCCGCCAUCCAUUGGAACGUUUGCUCUCCGCGUAUCGUAACAAAUUAGAGGGAGAGUCUGCGAGUGCACGCUAUUUUCAGUCGCGUGUUGGCCGACAGAUAGUAAAAACCUUCCGAGUCGGCGCCACAAAUCACUCCCUUGAGCAUGGAGAUGAUGUGAGUUUCCCGGAAUUUGUGCAAUACCUGCUAACGCCGGAGGUUAGUCGCACCAAUCAGUCAUACAAUGAGCACUGGGAACCUAUAUCGAAUCUCUGCAACCCCUGUGUAAUGAAGUACAAUGUAAUAGGUAAAUAUGAAACUUUAUUGGAUGAUUCAUCUUUGGCGUUGCACUUAGCGGGUGCAGAUAAUUUUACAUUUCCUACUGGUCACAAACCUUCGAGUACUCGCGCACAUUUGCGCUUGUACUUUGAGCAUUUGCCCAUAAGUGCAAUACGACGGCUUUAUGAGAUUUAUAUGGAUGAUUUUCGUAUUUUUGACUACGGACUGGAAGAUGUGCUGGGCUUCGAGUUUGGAUGAUUUAGCAUUUUCAAACAAUGACGCUUCAAAAUUAUUAUUUGUAAUGGGGCAUUUCUUAUCAAUUUAUAUGUUUUAAAAUGUUUUUAUAUAUUAGUAUGCGUAAAAUACCAUAUUUGUGGAUAAAUACUUAAGUAAAAGUGUUAUGUAGCACUAACUAGUUGUAAGUGUAAAUAAUAUGGCUGACUUCCAAAACAUCAAAUGCAUUGCAUAAGUACAAAGUUCAAUGUUCCAUAACGCCGAACCUUAAAACGGAUCCGAAAAGUUAUCAAAACGUAUCGCUAGAGUAAUCAGGGCAUCACUAACAAAGUUGAUGCUUCGUUCUUGGUUACGAUUGGUGUUGUGAAGAUGGUGAAUUCCGAAAGGAUGUUCAUUGUUAUAUUGAAUAUUCAAAAUAUUCAAUGUUUAUGGUUGCAAUGUUUCGCAACUCUGCAUAUACAAACAGUUUAAAUACCACAGUAGAACAGUAUCCAACAUUUAUUUGUAUGUUUUGGAAGUCGGCCUAUAUAUCUUCAUAUAUGUAUGCCUACAAUAGGCCUUACAUGUUCAUAGUGUGUACAAUCUUAAGAUAAAUAGAAGAGUUGCAAGAAUACAAACUUUUAUUACUUUGGUACAUUCAUUAGCAUAUAACAUGCUACAUGCUUGUAUUUGAAUCAAAAUAGGGGUAUUUUCUAAAUCUUGCAAAGCCACUGCGCGUAGCACGGAUUGCAUGCAUUGCAUAACCUGCAACCACAAAACAACAAAAUACAUGGGAAACAACAUUUCCUAUCGCUGCAAAAUAUGCAACGUCGAAACUCAUGUAUAUAUUUUGCAAAAUAGCAUAGCAAU